AUGGCCGAAGGUUUAGUGACUAUUGCUGCCGAGGGGAUACUGAAAAAGAUUUUGUCUAUUGCUGCUGGAGAACUAGCCAUUGCCUGGGGUUACGAAGAAAAGCUGAUCGGCCUACACAGAACAUUGGACCUGAUUCGUGCCAAGUUGCUCGAUGCCGAGGGAAAAAAGGAAACAAGGGCUGUAAUGGUGUGGCUGAAGCAGCUAAAAGAUGUUGUGGGUGAAGCUGAUGAUGUGUUGGAUGAGGUUCAUUAUGAAAUGCUGAGGCGUCAAAUAAACAAAGAAGAUCAGGUGGAAAGAAAGGUACCGUGUCUUCCAAGCUUGAAAAGGUUUUCAUUUCGUAAUGAAAUUGGUCAUAAAAUCGAAAAAAUCAAUAAAACUUUGCUUCUCAUCGAUACACGAGCAAACAGUUUAGGACUACAAGGUGAACACUCUGCUGCCCCUGUUCCAGAUCGUCUCUAUUGGAGGGAGACUGUUCCACACCCAGAAGAAUUUAAAAUUGUUGGGAGGGUGGAGGAUGAAGAGCGCAUCAUACACCUAUUAACCGAGUCAAGAAAAGAAGAAAAACUUACGAUUGUUCCCAUUACGGGAAUGGGUGGGAUGGGGAAGACCACUCUAGCUAAGUCCGUAUACAAUAAUCCAAAAAUCCAGCAACGUUUUGAUGUGAAAGCAUGGUUGUGUGUGUCGGUUAAGGUUGACAUCAAAACACUUCUCGCAAAGAUCUAUGAAUGUUUUUCCGGAAGGAAAUCUAUGUCAGACCUUAAGGUCAAUUUAAUUAAAAGUCUUGAAGAGGAAUUAGCAACAAAAAGAUAUUUGCUCGUCUUGGAUGACGUUUGGGUCGAAGAGAGGCAAUAUUGGGAAGAUUUUAGGAGUUGUAUGAUAAAAGUAAACUCAAGAAACGGAAGUGGCAUACUUGUCACUACACGUAAGCUUGAUAUCGGAACAACCGGAAUGAAGGUUGAUUCAUGUCUUUUAAAAGGUCUUUCUGAUGAUCAUUGUUGGGACAUCUUUAGAGAAAGAGCGUUUGUGGCAGGCACAAUGCCAUCGCGAGAACUGGAGGAGAUAGGCCGUGAGAUUGUAAACAAGUGUGGUGGUCUACCAUUGCUCUUAAAUUUAAUAGGUGGCAUGUUGGCAAAUUACAAUGACAAAGAGAAGUGGUUGGCCAUUAGAAAUAGCAAAGUUUGGGAUCUAGAAGAUGAAAAAGAGAGAGUUCAAAAGAGUUUGGAACUGAGCUUUGAUAAUCUUCCCAAUUCUAUGGCCAAGCGAUGUUUUGCAUAUUGUUCAAUCUUUAAGAAAGAUAAGGUCAUGAAAAGAGAAGAACUGGUCCUACUUUGGAUGGCUUUAGGGUUGGUUCAAGUGCAUGAGGAAAGAAACAAAGAGAUGGAGGAUGUGGGAAAUGAUAUUUUUCAAAUUUUGAACAACAAUUCGUUGUUCCAAGAUGUUGAAAGGGAUGAGUAUGGUAAAACCACUCGUUGUAGCGUGCAUGAUCUGGUGCAUGAUCUUUCAUUAUCACUUUCAAACCAUGAAAGCUUAAAUCUGAUGGAUGCCACAAAUGAUGAUAUUGCAUGUAUGCGUCAGGUUAGACAUCUCGCUUUUUACCAAGAAAAGAUCAACGACGAUGAAUUCGAAGGCAAUGUUUUUUUGAAGUUCAUUGAAAGGAAUCUGGUGGCUAGAAAUUUGCAUACAUUGUUCAUCAAAGGUCGAGUUGAGAAUAAAUUUCCAUUUCAACGAUUAAAGUACGUACGAAUCCUAAAACUCAAAGGAUGUAGAAUAUGGAUGAUAGACGAUUCAAUUGGAGAGUUGGUGCAUCUCAGGUAUCUUGAUUUGUCAAAUACCAGAAUCCAUGUUCUUCCAAAAUCUAUUGGUAAACUUUACCAUUUGCAAACUCUCAAGCUGCUUGACUGCCUACAUCUCGAGUUUCCUGAAGAAAUGAGAAAUUUGAUAAGCCUGCGACAUUAUGAGUCCCACCAAAGCCUUCCCGCCAAUUUUGUGGGACACUUAACUUCUCUUCGAACAUUAAUGCCUUACUUCCGUGUGCUUAGAAACGAGGGGCAUGGAAUUGAAGAGCUUAGCCGUUUAAAACACCUCAGGGGAAAGCUCUGUAUUUUCAAUCUAGAAAAUGUUAGGAGCAAAGAGGAUGCUGUCAAGGCAGAUUUAUGUAGCAAGAAAAGUUUAUAUGAGAUUGAAUUCAGUUGGAGCGAAAAUCAUGAAAGUGCCAGCAGAAACGACAGGGAAGUAUUGGAAGGCUUGCAACUCCCUGGGGAUGUGAAAAUAUUGCAAAUUCAGAAUUUUUCUAGUGAUAGUUUUCCAGAAUGGGUGAUGAAGAUGGGGAUCUAUAUUGAUGGGAAAUGGAUGCUCCUUAACAAGCUUGUACAGAUCAAAUUAAUAGGUUGUAGGAGUUGCCUCUCUCUUCCCAUGCUUGAGAACCUACCACAUCUUCGAGAUCUUGUGUUGGAGGAUAUGGACAGCUUGACAUGCUUAAAGAAUUCCAAUGUUACUGGAUCUACCAAGCCUUUGUCUCCUUCCUUGAUAUCGCUCCGACUAGAACGCAUGAAAAAACUGGAAAAGUGGAUAGAUGGAGCACCCAACAGCUCAACAAUGAUAUCGCCCGUCCUACAGAUAUUGAAUAUCAAUGGUUGCCCGAAGAUUACUCUCAUAGAUGAAUGCCAUCCCCAUCCUCUUGUUUCCUUAAAGAUACGGGACUGCACAGGUCUGGUGUCCAUUAAGAGCAUACACGGCCUUACAUCUCUUGAAUCUUUAAGUAUCGAGAAAUGCCCGAAUCUUUUAGGAAUAGCCCCCUUUUUUGGUGAUAAUUACCCGACAUCAGUAACGAAGAUGGCAAUGGAUAUUGAAGGGAAAUGGAUUCCCUUUGACAAGCUCAUAUCAAUCACAUUAAUAGGUUGUACGAGUUGUCUCUCUCUUCCGACGCUUGAGCAUCUACCACAUCUUCGGGAUCUUGAGUUAUGGUUUAUGGACAAGUUGACAUGCUUAAGGAGUUCCGAUGUUACUGGAUCAACGAAGCCUUUGUCUCCAUCGUUGAGAUCGCUCCAGUUAAGAGCUAUGAAAAGAUUGGAAAAGUGGAUAGAUGGAGCACCCAACAGCUCAACAAUGAUAUCGCCUGUCCUCGAGAGGUUGGACAUUGAUUUCUGCCCAGAGAUUAUUGUCUUAGAUGAAUGUCAUCCCCAUCCUCUUGUUUCCUUAAAGAUAUCGCAUUGCACAGGUCUGCUGUCCAUCAAGAACAUACAACGCCUCACAUCUCUCACUUCCUUCCCUGGCGAAAUGUUUGACAGUUCCAAUUCUUCCUUCCGCCCCCCAAUGGAAAUCAUCGAGGAGUUACCACUACCAGAAUCAGAGCUCGAUUGUUCCUCAAGUCUCCAAGAAAUCGAGGAGUUAACACUACACUAG